GAAAAACCGUGAGGUGUGUAGUGUUUGUUAUUACAGAAACUAAUCCAGAAACAUCGGGAAAUAGAAAAAUAAUUUAUUUGUAUAUAUAAUGUUGUUCUUAAUAUUGUUUAUUCCGAUAUUUUUGGAAUAGCAAUGAUUUUUGCAAUUUAACAAUUUUAAUAAGUUCUUACAUAUCUUCAAGAUGGUGAAGAUAAUGAAAACAGGAAAAGUCGUAUUAGUCCUUAGUGGCCGAUAUGCUGGAAGAAAAGCUAUUAUCAUGCGUAAUUAUGAUGAUGGAACUACAGAAAAACAAUAUGGACAUGCAAUGGUAGCUGGAAUUGACCGAUAUCCACGUAAAGUACACAAAAGAAUGGGCAAAGCAAAGAUUCACAAACGUUCUAAAAUCAAACCAUUUGUAAAAGUACUAAAUUAUAAUCAUUUGAUGCCAACAAGAUAUACUGUAGAUUUACAUUGGGAUAAAGUAACACCUAAAGAUCUUAAAGAUCCAAUGAAACGCAAGAAGAUACGAUUUCAAACUCGUGUUAAAUUUGAAGAAAAGUACAAAUCUGGUAAAAACAAAUGGUUCUUCCAAAAAUUACGGUUUUAAUUAAAUUUAAAUAAAUAUAAAAUUUACAAGUA